AUGGGAUCCCAAAUCAAAGGAAUCCUUCUUUUGAUCGCCUCCUUCAUUUCACUUAUUAAUGCUGACGGACGAGUUCUUCGACCGUGUUUCGAAAGAUAUCCGAAUCACCGAUUAGUCAAUGUUCGACCAUAUCACAGCGAAUGGCGAAUGAAGACUGAAGACUCGUGUCUGUUAUUCUGCUCACAAUCUGCGUCUCGAUGCCGAUCCAUCGUUUACGACAGUGUUCAACACAUUUGCCAUUAUUUCUCCGACGAAGGCGUCGAACAAGCGGUCAUUUCGGCUAAAAUGACGUAUUUGCGAGUCGUGUCCAUAUCAUGUCUACAGGAGAAUGCGGAUUUGGCCGAGGAUCCGAAUAGUCUGAUGCCGCCUGAAGCACCGCCCGUUCUUCUCACUAAUUCGCAAAUGCUGAAUAAUGAAAUUCAACAGGAGUUGUCGAUUCCUCAACCACCUGUUGAAACAACUCAAACCCCAUUGGAACAGGUCACUCAAAUGCCUGAAGUCAUCACAUUUGAGCCGGCGACUGAAUCAGCUACAAUGUCGACUCAACCACUCGAGGACCCCCUAAUGGAAUCGACGACUGAAGUGCCAACGACGACAACAACACUGCCAGAAAUUAUCGAAGAUGAUCUUGAUAAGGAGCUCGAGAAAGUGAUGGAACCGUCACAAUUCGCCGGGUCGUUUGAUGAGAACGAUGAGCCAAUUCAAGGAAAUGGGUUAUAUCGCGACAAAACCGAUCAGGAUCGAUUCGGUUCGAUGGAAAAAAUGGGAGAGUUUGAGAAGAAAACCAAAAAAACUAUCGAUGAGAAGCUGGAAGAUUUGAAAACCGAGGAUAAAAGGAAAUACGAAUUACUCAUGGGUGAAAAGAUUGAGGCGGAUUCGUCGGUUGAGCAGCAGAAGGAGAAUUUGAAGAACAACUUGAGAUAUGGAGCUAAAAUCAUCAAGUUCGACGAAGAAGCUGCAUUCCGAAAAAAAUCUGAAAUCCGAAGAAAGCAAGUCACAAAGCGGCCCCAUUUGAAGCCAGUCACCAUUUCCUCAACAUCUUACAUUCAAAAGGCCAAAUCGUUUUUGAACGAACUUAAUGAGUCGAAAGAGAUCGAGGAAGCCGAUCAACGUGAUGUACUCGAAACUAAAUGCGAAUCGGACGACGUUGCCGUGUGGAUGACAUUCGAGAACAGCGAACAGGCGAUGGAGAUGAACGAGUCUGACGAUAAAGUGGUGCCAACACGACGAGAUUGCCAGUGGCUGUGUGAUAAACAAAAUUGCCGAUCGUACACUUAUUUCGAGAAAUCGUCGACGUGCCAUUUGAGUUCGAAAUCCGAUGGAGUCACUCUAAAAGCUCCAACAACUGGCGACUUCUCAGCGAGUAGCUCAACUAAAUUCUGCUAUCCAAAAACAUUUUCCGUUUUCGAUGGUUGCGCGAAUUUUGUCGCGUUCCGCGAUUAUUCCGUCAAAAUCGAUGCGAUGGAGGAGUUCGACGGGUUGCCACGUGGCUACGAAGGAAUGCAGUUGUGCGUCGAAUUGUGUGUUCUGUCGACACGCUACACUUGCAAAUCGGCGUCAUUCAAUCCGAUAACUGGAAAAUGCCGUCUUCUCACUGAAGACUCGCUCUCGAGCCCUGAGAACUUUGCGUAUAACAAAUUCCAAAAGGACAUCUACUUUGAGAAUGGAUGCGCUUCAAGUGAAUCCGAAGACGUUCCAGAACGACACGUUGUGGUUGUGACAACUAAGCCGAAACGAAAGCGCGUGAACAAUGAGAAUCGGACUGCGAUUGAAAUGCAAAACAUCGAAGAGGAGCAAGGAUUCGAGAAAAUCGAAAUGAAAGAGCACCCGGUGGUAGUGGAGACGACGACGAAGAAGAAGAAGCCUGUCAUCGAGGUCGAAAAGAACAAUGUCUCAAUGAGCUUUGUUUUCGUCGAUAUCGAUCCCGAAACCGAGCACCGUGCGAUGACCGAUAGGAUUCGAUCACGCCACAGACGGCGUGAGCCGCACACUUCAGAAGAUGUGAUGGCAUUCGAGCCUGAUGCGGAUUUUUCCACCGCCGGAGCUCAUUUCACCCGAUUUUUCAAUCCGUCCGAUGCCGAUUACAAAAAUAGUGAUGAUGAGUACAAUGAAGAAGAUUAUGCCCAUCUUAUACCUGACCCUAAUGUUGAUCCCAGUGCAAAUUGGCUCAAAAGAACACAUUCUGCCUUAAAAGGCGAUAUCUCAUCUAUUCUACUUCUUCUAUUCUUAUAUCUCUUACAGGGUGUACCUCUUGGACUUAUUGGAGCUAUUCCGCUUCUUUUAUCUAGCAAGCAUGUGUCAUACAAGUCUCAAGCAAUCUUCUCAUUCGCUUAUUGGCCAUUCAGUUUAAAACUUCUAUGGGCCCCAAUUGUCGAUUCCGUGUACUCGAAACGAUUGGGACGUAGGAAAUCAUGGAUGGUCCCUUGCCAAUAUCUCAUCGGAAUUUUCAUGCUUUUGCUUUCGUACAAAGUCAACGAUAUAAUGGGAGAUGAUGGAGGAUCGCCGAACGUCGUCUUCCUUAUGCUUAUCUUUUUGCCUCUCAACUUCUUGGCAGCCACACAAGAUAUUGCUGUUGAUGGAUGGGCUUUAACUAUGCUUUCAAAGAAAAAUGUUGGGUAUGCGUCGACUUGCAACGCAGUCGGACAAACUGCCGGCUACUUCCUUGGAAACAUUGUAUUCCUGGCUCUCGAAUCAAGCUCAUUCUGCAAUGAUUUCCUUCGCUCUGCCGAUAACCAAAAAGACACCGGAAUUGUUGACCUUGCGGGAUACGUUUUCUUCUGGGGAUGGGUUUUCAUCGUCACAACGACAUUGGUGUUGAUUCUGAAACGCGAAGUGGAUAAAUCGGUUGAAAACACCGAUCAAGCAUCAGCAGUCGCCACUAAUGCGAACGGAAACGAAAGCGGCGAAGUCGAGGAACUUGAACUCGGCGUCACCGAUUCGUAUUUGGUUUUGUGGAAGAUUUUAUGUCUUCGUCCAAUUCAUUAUAUGGUUGCAAUAUUGCUGACUGGAAAAUUGGCGUUUGCUGCAACCGACGGAAUGACAAGUCUCAAAUUAAUCGGCAUGGGAAUUCCGAAGGAUCGACUAGCGAGCAUCGGCGUCUUCCUAACACCAAUGCAAAUAUUGUUGCCAUGGAUGAUUGGAAAAUGGACUGCUGGACCAAGACCACUCAACAUAUUUCUUCUGGCUUUCCCCUACAGAAUCUUCGUUGGCGGAGUUUUCGCUGCUCUUGUUUGGUGGACACCGCAUUUUAUGCUUCCAGAUGGAAAGUUCGAAUAUUCCGUUUACUUCGUUUGGAUCGCUGGAUACAUUUUCCAUCAGCUCGCCACUUACUGCAUGUUCGUUUCAAUGAUGGCCUUCAUCGCUCAAAUUUCCGAUCCUCGUAUUGGUGGAACGUACAUGACACUUCUCAACACUCUCAACAAUCUCGGAGGAAACUGGCCGGUCACGGUUAUUCUGUCGAUUACCGACUGGUUCACAUUCAAGGAGUGCAUGGUUAAAGGCACUAAAACAUCGUUGUACUCUUGCAAUACAAAAGCUCUUGCCGAUCAAUGUUCGGCGGGCGGAGAUGUGUGUGAAGUCACUGUUGACGGCUACUUUAUCUCUGUUGCGAUUUGCUCAGUUGUUGGAAUUAUCUGGUACAAAGUGUUCUUCAACAAACUGAAAUACCUCCAGAAGAUUCCACGCAGCCAAUGGAAAGUAUUUGGAAAGUAA